AAAAUCUUACAACUAACAUAAAUUGAAUCAUUAAAAAUGGAGCCAAUGAACAAUGUACAAUACACAAGCGAGCCGACAAGCGACGAAUUUGAGGCGGAGGGCCAAUUCAUAAUGCGAGUUCCCGAGGAUCGUGCCGAGACCAUUCACGAGGCCAUCAGGGAUGGAAAUGUACACAAGAAAUUGAGCAUUGCACUGAAGGAGGACCUGCGUCAGGGUCAGGUUUGGCUGGAUGGCUCUAUGCUCUACACGAAGCUCGUCGACCUGCCCUCAAUCGUGGAAAGCUACAAGACGACGGACAAGAAGAACUUCUACAAGACUGCAGAUAUUUCCCAGAUGCUCAUAUGCACCGAGAAGCCAGAGGAAAUCGAAUGCAAGUCAUCAGAAUCGGAAGAAGAGGCCGCCAAUAAGCAGCCCCAAACUUACAUGUAUCCACAUGGCAUCACUCGUCCACUCAAGAUCCCUGCUGGGCUCCAACGACGCUGCAGCCUUAUGUAGGCGCCCUUGAGGCCUUGGAGAUCAGACUAGAACAGAGCCAAAGCAGCCAGAACACUUAAAUAUCGAGGAGAGACGGCGUGUGGAGAACAGGAACAGCAGGA